UUCAUUUCCACACUGAAAAAGACUAAUUUCAGAUUCCUUAGUUUGCACAUAGGUGUGGCGAGGCUCAAUUGUUAGGGGAUGCAAAAUACGUUAACUGUAUGAAAAGCUAAUUUGUUGAAAGGCGCUUCAAAUGCACCGGAGACUCACAAUUGUCUGUGUUUGGCAGCUGAAGACUGGCAGUCUUGCUAAUUAACUAGUUGCUAGUUUGAAGCUAACAGAAGAUGGAAGAUAGUUGUGUAGCUUGCAUCCGUCCGUUGGAAACCUACACGAAUAUUAGCUAACUGGAUGUUAAUAAAUCGCGCCCGUUAGCUAGCAUAUCUUCUGAGAAACUUCAGCGAUGGAGGAAGUUGACAAAAUCCUGAUUCACGCCCUCAAACAAGUCGGCACAGACUUGAGCGAGGAGACUGACAGCGUCAAACAGUUCAGCAGUGAGCUGAUCGUGGAGGCGGUGGUCAGAUGUAUACGGGUGAUCGAUCCGGCCCUGGGCAACGCGCUGCCCACGCUGCUUCCUCACGGCAUGUCUGCCCGCUUCAGAGUCGGCAUGAGCCUGGCACAGGCCUGUCAGGACAUUGGCUAUAAGGGAGAGAUCGGCUACCAGACCUUUCUGUACAGCAGUGAGCCAGAGAUCCGCUCCCUGCUCAUGUUCCUGGUGGAGAAGCUGCCCAGAGAGCGUUUUGAGGCCUCAGACCAGCCAUCAGGGAAAUCCGCGGUCCUCCAGAGAGCCAUCGCUGCUGCAAUCAAAGCCCAGCUGGCUGUGCCCUGGCUACCUCCAAACUGCAGACUGCCAAAGUACUGUGAAACGCAGAGUCUGUUAGCUUCGCACAGCUUCCACGUCCAGCCCCUCAGCUUACCACACUGCACUAAAGACCCCGACAAGAAACACCUGAAAGAGGUGAAGGACUACCAGCGGAACGUUCUGUCUCCUGUGACGGCCCAGCUGUCCAGUCGCACCUCAGUGGUGUCGUCCAUACUGGAGCAGCACACGGCCGAGCUGAGUGCUGCUCAGGAGUGGGACAGUGAGUGGAACAGUCAAGGGCUGCUGUCUCGCCUCACACCACAGGAGUACCGUUCCAGGAAGCUGACCCGGCUGCGUAAACGCAUUGAGGAGCAGCUACGUUCUGCUGCGCUGCCCUCUGCUGAAAGUGCCUGCGGUGUUCCUGCCUCGGCCUCUGAUCUGUCCGAACUACUGCACGCCUUCAGAGGCUCCGCCCCCUCGGACCACGUCCUGACCAAGAGCACCCACUUUACCCACACGCAAAAGUUCACCUUUACACAGGAAGCGGCAGCAGUGACGCACUCCAUCCCCACCGGGCAUCAGUUAGAAGGCGACGUCCAGCUCCGCCAGCAGGAGGAGCUGGCCGCCCUCCAGGAGCAGUUCCAGCAGCUUUGCACCGACGUGGAGCAUCUGUCAGCAGACAUGAAGCUAAUGAGCGUCACUAACGCACAGGUGCUGGAUGAGUUGAAGCAGAGGGAAUUGGCAAACGUUCAAAACGAGGAGAAGAUGCAGGUGAAGAAGAAAACGAUCGACCUGUUGCCGGACGCAGACGGCAACCUGCUGCAGCUUCAGGCUCUGGUGGAGGCCAGCACCAAGCGGGUGGUGAACCUGGCGUCUCAGUGGGAGAAACACCGCGCUCCGCUCAUCGACGAGCACCGCAGGCUCAAGGAAAUCUGCAGCAGCCAGGAUAUGGAGUCGUCCAGAAAGCUGUCCGAGAUCAAGUCUCUGCAUGAUAAGAUCCGAGUUUCCACAGAGGAGGCCAAGAAGAAAGAAGAAACGUACAAACAACUGUUAACGGAGUUAGAAAACCUCAACCAGGACGUGUCUCGGUCAGCGUACACUCAGAGGAUCCUAGAGAUAGUCAGCAACAUCAAGAAACAGAAAGAGGAGAUCACGAAGAUAUUGUCGGACACUAAGGAGCUCCAGAAAGAGAUCAACAACCUGACGGGGAAACUGGACCGAACCUUCGCUGUGACCGACGAGCUCGUUUUUAAGGACGCCAAAAAAGAUGAAUCCGUCCGCAAAUCCUACAAGUACCUGGCUGCCUUGCAUGAAAACUGUAACCAUCUGAUCCAGACCAUCGAGGACACCGGUACAAUUCUGAGAGAGAUUCGAGAUCUAGAGGAGCAGAUCGAGGCAGAAAACGGUAACAAAACUGUGGCUAACCUCGAGAGGAUCCUUGACGACUACAAGGCCAUUCGACAGGAGAACUCUGCACUCGCUGCCAAAGUGAGAGAAGGCUGAAGGAGGUUGGCCCUGCUCUGCCUGCUGAGUCUGAAGGACGACCCCGGAGCCAUAGAAAACCCCGAGUGGGACUGAAACCGCACUCCAGUUUUCAUACUGAGGGGACUGCUGUUUAUUAACACGGAGACCUGCUUUCCUUUAGAAAGACGAGCUGAUUUUUGUACAAUGGGAAACUAAUCUGGUAUUUGAAUGCACACCACGGACGGACGGAUCGAUACCGCUAGUUUUUCAUUUCAAAUCGAAUCCUGUGGUCGGGCUCCGGUCCGUAACGCUGAUUCGAUUCGUUUCCGCGGCCGAAUGAGGCGGGACACCGCUACAGCAGAGGGUGCUGUCAGACCUUUUAUGUCCUUUAUCUCGAUGUGUGAAAUUGUCUUCUUAAAAUCUUGUGAUUAAAAUCAAAUCUUUGACUUGGAAUUUUUAAAAAAGAAAAAUAACUUUUUCCUCCAUUUUCAGACCUUAGCGGCUCCUUUUGUCAUAAUUGUAUUUGAAAGUGAUUCUGUUGAGUGAAUGACAAUUGAAUGUAGUCCGGCUCCAUCAGCAAAGUAUCAUUGUACAUAUGGUACCAGCUUAAAUAAAGAUGCCUUACAGACUUGAA